UUCCAGACACCCGCCGGCCGCCUCCGCCGCUCCCGACCUGCAGCGCCGGAUUCCACCUGCGUGCGGGGCCACCAUGAUCGGGCAGAAGUCCUUGUUCUCCUUUUUUACGGCGGCGCCCGGUACGAAGAGGAGCCGCUCCCCGGAGUCAGCCGAGGCUGCUGAGGCCGCCAAAAGACCGAAGAAUGGCAGCUGCUCCCCGCGAUCUCCCCCGCUCAGCCCGCAACAGGUGGAACGCAUCCGCAAAAACAAAGAGGCGGCGCUGCAGAGGCUUGCGACCCGCACCGCCCGCUACAUUCCUGCGGAGCUCGGGCAGAGCUGGAGGGUCUCGCUGGCCGGAGAGUUCUCCAAGCCCUAUUUUGCUCAGCUAAUGACGUUCGUUGCUGAGGAACGCAAGCACUAUACAGUUUAUCCACCCCAGCAUCAGGUCUUCACUUGGACCCAGCUGUGUGAUAUCCAUGACGUAAAAGUUGUCAUUUUGGGUCAAGAUCCAUAUCAUGGGCCCGGCCAAGCCCACGGGCUCUGCUUCAGCGUCCAGAGGCCAGUUCCACCUCCACCCAGCCUGGAAAAUAUUUACAGAGAGCUUGCUACAGAUAUAGAAGGCUUUUCUCAUCCUGGCCAUGGAGACUUGACUGGAUGGGCUAAACAAGGUGUGCUGCUGCUUAAUGCUGUUCUCACGGUCCGAGCUCAUCAAGCCAAUUCCCACAGAGAGAGGGGCUGGGAGCAAUUCACGGACGCUGUGGUCUCCUGGCUGAACGAGAACCUAGAUGGCCUGGUUUUCAUGCUCUGGGGAGCCUAUGCUCAGAGGAAAGGCAGCUCUAUCGACAGGAAACGGCACCACAUCCUGCAGACAGCGCAUCCCUCGCCCUUCUCGGUGCACAGGGGUUUCUUUGGCUGCAAGCAUUUCUCCAAAACAAAUGAGUUCUUGAAGGAAUCUGGGAAGCGGCUGGUUGACUGGAGGGCCCUGUGAGGGUCCUGCAACUCCCUCGAGACCCUAGAACCACCAUUUUCGUCGCCAUCAGGCUGGAGAGGUUGUGUGGAAAUAUUCUUGGACUAGUUUCUUUGAAGCUGCUGUAAACAGUAAAUUUUCACUCUCUUCGUCCAGGAGUAACCCAGGCCACGGCAUUUGCUCCAAGCAUUUUUUUUUUAAAUUGUGGAGCAUUUCAGAGCAAACAGAAUAUCGUAGCAAAGGAGCAUUGCGAUAUUUUUGUUCGAAUUCUUUACUAGUAUGAAGAUCAUGGUGCCGAUCUGUUCUAUGCAGUAGCGACCCAGGCAUUUUUGUUUUUCGUUUCCCUCUCUUGCGCUUCUUCAAGGAAAAUGGAAAUGUUGACAGCCAGGAAGUUGCCUUUUUAUUUUGCCUCUGCUGGAGAAUUCAUUCAGUAAGCUGUUUAUUUAAUCCACGCUGAUGCCUUAUCUAGUUUUCCCAGCUUGUCUUUUUUUAUCUGCUAUCGAUUAAGACUUUCACGAGGUGCUGUGAAAAAUAAUUCUUAGUUUUUGGACUUGCAGGAAGUGGAUCCACAGUCCGAAAGAAUUCCACUUUUUUUGCCUUUCAGGGCCAGCCAAAGAUUGUGGAAUUCAAUAGGAAAUGUUAUGUAAGUGGUACAGA